UAAUGAUGACGUACAGCUGAGCGCCUCCCACCCUCGCUCCCUGCUUCCUCUCUAUUGUUAGAUGUUUUGGUGGGUAGACUGGCACCGUGUGUACCUCUGGGGUUGCCCAUGCGUUGGAUUAACACAGAUAAAGGGUAAAGGUGUGCACAGGCACCGCCCGUCAGUGCGAGAGCAGGAUGUGAUGUCACAGUGACAGCGGCUGCCGUUUUCCCUGUCCAGCUUUGUGUUUGGGAGCCCGGCGCUCGCCCGCUCCCGCUCCGAGCACAGGACAUGUUUGAAGCCAAACCCCGCGCUGUGGAGAAGAAGGAGUCCAGCACUGAGACAGAUGAGGGCCUGGGCAGUAGUGGGAGGCACUAUGGCUCCGGCUCACUGGGCUCCAGCUCGGCCUGCUCCGUCUACCUGUCAGACAGCCAAGACUGGGUGGUCUCCCCGAGCUGCUCUCCAGACGAGGCGCCCAGCCAGCACACCGCCAUCUCCCCCAUGCUGGCCGAGGAGACGUUCCGCUACAUGACGUAUUUUGCUUUGGAGCCCUCCUCUUAUCCCCAUCCUGGCUCUCAGAGCCUCUCCAAAGUCCUCAGUGCCGACCGCGUGGAGCAGAUGACCAAGACCUACAAUGACGUGGAAGUGGUCACGCAUCUUCUCGCCGAGCGAGACCGAGACUUGGAACUGGCGGCUAGGAUCGGUCAGUCGCUGCUGCAAAGGAACCACCUGCUGCAGGAACGCAAUGAGGCCUUAGAGGAACAGCUAGCACAGGCCUUGGACCAGGUUAAUCAGCUGCAACAUGAGCUCAGUAAGAAGGACGAGUUGCUCCGGAUGGUGGCCAACGCCUCGGAGGAGAGCGAGACCGAAUCCAAUGUGUCCACACCGCUGCGGCAGCGUCCACCAGUCGGGGCGACCACCGCCGCCACGGCACUCAGCCAGCUGGAGUGUAUGCAGAGCAAGCUGCAGGAGCUGGAGGAGGAGAACCUGGUGCUGAGGUCUGAGGCAUGUCAACUUAAAAGAGACACCAUGACCUAUGAGGAGAAGGAGCAGCAGCUCGUCAGCGACUGUGUCAAAGAGCUUCGCGAGUCCAACACCCAGAUGGUGUCUCUGACAGAUGAUCUGUCUCAGAAGAACGAGGAGCUGCUCAGACACCAGGAGGAGAUCGCUCAGCUGCUUUCACAGAUAGUAGAGCUGCAACACCGCGUAAAGGAGCUGGCUCUCCAGAAGGAGGAGCUGAGAAUCCACCUGCAGGCCUCAAAAGAAGCUCAGAGACAGCUCACAGCAGAGCUGGACGAGUUGGCAGACAGGAAUGCCGAGUGUGUAGAGAUGCUCCACGAAUCCCAGGAGGAGAUCAAGGACCUGCGCAAUAGAAACACUCCCUCUGCUGGGAUGCGAAGGCACCUUUCCUACGGCCUCUACCCCAUGGACUCCUUAGCGGCAGAAAUUGAGGGCACCAUGAGGAGAGAGCUGAGUGUUGAGGAAGAGAGCGUCUUCAAGGACCAAAGGUUUAAAGAAAUGCCUCAAACAUUGGAUCUGGCCUCUUCUCCCUGCAGAGUAUCCCAGAAGCGAGUUUUUCAAACAGUAAGAUCCAUAAACGCCUCAUCAUCAUCAUUAUCACGCCCGGCCUCGGCCACGCCUCCAAUCCCUGGCUCGGGUCAGAGCUCCCUGGUGAUGACCGCACAGCCCUUCCAGUCCAAUCAAGGUGACGAGGUGCCGAUGGGCCAGCCGGGAUGUCCAGGUGGGAAUGAUCUAACCAGAGCGCUCCACCGCCUCUCCCUGCGACGACAGAACUUCCUGUGCGAGCGUCAGUUUUUCCAGGCGGAGCGUGAGAAGAAGCUGCAGGCGCUGUCAGGGGUAGAAGAAGGAGAGGUGAGCGGGUACAACUCGCCGAUGGGUAGCGUGCAUUCAUCUUUCUCCAACCUGUCGGAGCUCUCAUUCGGGUCCAGCAUCUUCAAGACCUUCCUGCCGGAGAAGCUCCAGAUCGUCAAACCCAUGGAAGGCUCACUGACGCUCCAUCACUGGCAGCAGUUAGCCAAACCGCAUCUAGCCACCAUCCUAGACCCCCAUCCUGGGGUGGUGACCAAAGGUUUCUGCCAACUGGCACAGGACGCUGUCUACCGCCUCUCUGACAUGGAGGAGGACGAGGAGGAUGAGGAGCUCAAAAGGAUUGGAGACGUGGAGAAAGGGGCUGCCGAGCGGGGAAAGGAAGACGAAGAGGAGGAAGAGGAGGAAGGCGGCAUCACCUUCAAGGUCCACUGUACGUCAACGCCGGAGGAGAGGAGGGAAAGGAAACAGUCAGUGUCUCCACUUCCUGUGCCGCUGCUCUCACCUGGGACACCCGCGUCCUCUUCAUCAGUCAGAUCAGACCUCCGGUUGCCCCCUGCUGCUAGUCAUGUGACUGAGAAACCCAGCCAAUCAGCUCAUUCCAUUCCAGGAGCUUGUGCAACAGUGGUCCAAUCACAAAUUAUCACUUCUACAUCAACAACUGUAUCUUCCUCUGUCCAAAAUCCAGGGAAGUGUCAGAGCUCCACCUUCUCCACCUACACCUUCACAACCUGUCGCAUCCUGCACCCCAGUGACCUCACACAAGUAACCACAAGUUCUCGGUCAUCCAUCAUGGCCAACACACCCAGCUCCAUGAGGACAGGUCCGAGUACCCCACUGACUCCUUGCAGACUAAGUCUGGGUGACUCCUUCCCUCCUCGUCGCACCCCUGCGCCUCCAUGUGGACUAGCCAAGCUGGUCCUGGAGAGAGGAAUUUCAGCACAAGUCUCCACUGACACUCCGCCACCAUCCCCAAAACCAGCCGCCAGGCAACCCCUGUUCCGCCUCCUUCCCAGCACACCCCCAAACUCACCGUCCCACUCGCCCACUCCUUCCCCUCUUCCCACAGAGUCCCGCCAGCACUCGGCGGAUAAUUUCCUAGCGUCACGACCAGCUGAGUUGUUCCUUCAGGACGUUUACGGGUUGAAUCUCGGCCGGGCUCCACAUCCUGACCUUCCUAGCCCUAACCAGGAAGCCCCAGGCCUAGUCCAGUCACCUAAGCCAGGCCGAGCCAGGCCUGACCAAAGCAGCGUCAGCCUGGUGGAGAGGUUGCGCCAGAUCGGGUUCAACAAGGUGCUCCAGGGUGCAAUUUCAGAUGUUUCAGCACCGCGCCAGGAUUCUGCAACUUUUGUGUCAGCAGGAGGGGGAAGCCUAUUGGACGGCCUCAGGCGCAAUCAGAGCCUCCCUGCAAUGAUUGGCGCCCGAGCAGGGAAAUCCACCAGUAACCAAACCCCGCCUCCUCACCCCACCACCCUCGCCCUCCCUCCUCCACCGUGGGGCAACCCCAAAGAACGGCGCCGACAUCUUGGCUCUGUCUCCCACCCCCCUUCGAGUUCAACCAAACGCUGAGGAGGGGAAGAGGUGAAUGGAAAGGAACACACUCCAGAACUUGAACCUCCUUCCAUCCUCCCUUCAUCACUCCUCUUUUCUGCCUUUUGUGGAGAGGAGUCAGGGCAUCUGGUGGGCAGAACAAUCCCUCCUUUUUUAAGACUUUAUUUUAAAGCACAAUUGAACUAAACUGACUGUUUUUAGCGAUAUGGCAGUGUCUGUGUGUAGAUGUGUGUAGUGAUCAAGGCCUUAGUUUGCCUCUGAGCAGGUUAUUCAGCUUUCGGUACCUUCUAAACCAUGUAUGAAUCUUAAUUAGCUUUCUAGUUUUCCUGUGAGACUCUGGAUGCUCUGGUUGAGGUAGAUGACUUUGGGAAAGGAAAUAACGUAGGUGGUUGAAGGUUUGUGGAUGUGGGCAAGAAAGGAAUAUGAUGACGCAUAGGUUUGAAGGGUUUUGGUAUGUUGGUUAAUGUCAUGAGGAGGAAGAAAGUGAAAGGGAAAAGAAGCAGAGCAUCCAGGUUUUACUGUCAAGGGCUUGUUCUGUCUGGGUCAGAAAAGCUUUAGUCUGAAGUAGACUACAUGUCAGUUAGAGAACCCUUAGUCUGGAAAAGAACGGUUUCAUCUGUGGAGAAAAUAUCAGUCAAGAGAGCUUUAGUCUAAAGUAGAAAUUUAAGUCUGGAAUUAUAGAAGCCUAAUUAUGCUUGGUUGAUAAAAACAGAGGGAGACUUGGCCUUGAAGAAUAAACUUCCCAAAUGUUAAGUCAUAAAAAUGAGAUGGUAAGCCAAAACUAUGAGAUUAAAGUACAAAUUAUGAGCUAGUUAGUCAUAAAUAAAAAGUUACAAUUAUUAUUUUUUAUGACUUUCUCAUAAUUAAAUUUUUAUCCUAUUAUCGUGAUUUUUAUUUAAUAUUUUUUACUAUUUUUAUCUCAUUAUUAUGACUUAAUUUUUCAUAUUUUUUUACUUUUUAUCUUAAAAUGAAAUAUGUAAUUUUUUAUGACUUAACAUUCAGUAUGUUGUUUUUUUUCCAUUAAGGCCAAAUCUCCCUCUUUGUUUUAUUAACUUGACAGAGUUGGGCUUCUGUAUAAAAAUCGAACGAUAUCAUCUGCAAAGAAAAUUUCAUUUGUAAAAGCUUUAGUCUAAAUUAAGACGCUGUCAUCUGCAAAGAAAAUUUCCACCAUAAGGGAUUCCUCAUGCUUUUUAUGACUUAAGAACCAGAAGAUUUUAAGUGCUAGCUGUCUUCACAGCGUACUGCCAGGCUAAUGUUGUAGUCCGACCAUGCUAUUAACAUGCCAGUAUUAAUAUCCUAAUGAUUUUACAGUAGUGAAUCAUCACACGGAUGUCUGGUGACCGUCCAUGUGCUGUGCGCCUUUUCCCCGCCCUUUUUUUUUGCAAGCGUGUUGCAUGACACGUAAAACUGCAACCCUCGCCUACAGGUCCCAGCAUGCACCUGUCAGCAGGCAGAUAGGGUCAGGCUGGAGGUAAAAUGGAACCCCAGGGAGAAGAAACAGGUCUGUGUUUCCCUUUUCAGUCCUCUUUGUGUUUGUAAUUGUUUGAGGCCUUAAGUAGGAGCCAGCACUGCUAUGAUUUGAGUUCCUGUAAAGCCAUGUUUGUAUAUAUGUUGCACUCAGUGGGAUUUGAAGGUUGCGUCACUGCUUGGUUUGAAACGUUUCAGCACAUGUAGAAGAAAAACACGACAUCCAUCCUUUUUGAGGCCAGUAGAGCUUUUAAGUUUAAACCGCAUCUAAUUUCAGUUUUUUUUAACGUAUUGUUUUGUGUUUAAAAUGUGUCUCUGGAUUUACUCAAGUACAUGCUUUGUAGCUUGUACUAAACCCCUGUGACCCUUGAACCUUAGGAGCUGCCAUGCUAUACAUUGGCCGAUCCAUCCAGACCCUCCCACUCAGCUAACGCACUUUCACUUUAUUAUUUUUACAUUAAUUUUAUUGACACCGCUGUUUGAAGUUUAUUGAUUCUAACACAAUAACAACAAAAUUUAGCUACAUGUGUGCCUCUCGUAACAGUGUCCGCUAACAUUUUGGCAUAAGAUUUUAAUAUAUGUAGCACUUUUUUUUUGUAUAUAUAUAAUGUAUGUAAUGCUUUUUUUUGCUUCAUAAGGGAAUUCAAAUCGAGCCAAACGUUUGAAUAAAUGGAAUACUUUAGUUUCCACACACGUAUGUGUGAUGCAUUUUAUGCUACUUAGCUUUGCCAUGUUCAAAAAACACAAAAACACAAAAACAGAGAAAAUCUACUCCUGUGUUUCGUUUGUUUGUAGGAUUCAACAAAAGGAAAGAAGGAACAUCCAGACUUUAAGUCAGAUAUAUUUCUUGUAGUUUUCAUGAACACUGCUUUCUAAUGAGGUUCAGGUUUCUUCUUUUUGGCUAAAAUAUACAACUUCCUGUUUAUUCUUUGUGCCUCCCUUCCAACAUCAUGAUCCUCUGUAAACUACUCAUGGCUAUUACUCAGUUGCCUCUUUUUUAAAAUAAAGCAUUGGGGAAAAAAAG